AUGAAUAAACAAAAUUACAUAGAAAUAAACAGGAUUAAUGAGUUUAGAGAUUUGUGUAUAAAAAAUUUUGAGUUAAAAAAUAAUAAACAGAAUGCACUUGAUGAAGAUUAUAUUGAUAACGAAAGUUCAAAAGAAGAAGAAAUUUGUGUAAACAAAGCAAAAAAGUCCAAAAAAACGUGUGAAUACUGUGGUAACACAUUUUUAUUCCUAAAAAAUCAUAAGGAUGCUUGUAAAAAGAGAUUUGCAAAAAUCGAAGAACAUGGUAAAGAAGUUUUGAAGAAUGAAACAUUUCUUUGUAGCAUAUGCGGUACCUGUUGUAAAGAUAAAUAUUUAUUGAAAAGACACAUAAAAAAUGUGCAUGCAGCAGAAAAAAACUUUAAAUGCACAAUUUGUGAACGCGUUUUUGCCUCGUCAAAAUAUUUGAGAGCACAUGAAAAGUACCAUACGGGAGACAGAACCCAUAUUUGCACUUAUUGUGGUAAAGGUUAUAUAACAGCAGCUGAUCUUUGUAACCACGAAAAAAUUCACACCAAUAAAAGAGCAUAUAAGUGUGAAAUUUGCCCCAAAGCUUUUAAUACAUCUUCAGACUUAUAUAAACACAAAAUUUGUGUGCACGGAGAUAAAAGUUUGUGGAAAUAUGUUUGUAGUUACUGCACUAAAAGAUUCCCUUUGAAAAUAAAUUUGCAAACACACAUACGAACUCACACGGGUGAGAGAAACUUCGAAUGCCAUCUAUGCCAGCGUAAAUUCACUUCGAAAUCAUCUCUUAACCGACACAUUGAAACCCACACAAAUUUUAACUCUUUCAAGUGUGAUAUAUGCCUUCAAACCUACAAAUACCAAAAAUCCUUACAAGCUCAUCUGUUUAAAGUCCAUAAUAUAGGCACGGAAAGUGAGGUUAAAGUGACAAAAUUCAUCUGUCACAUUUGUCCCAAAUCAUACACAGAAAAUAAUAAGUUGGAAAAACACAUUCGCACGCAUACUGGAGAACGCCCUUUUAGUUGCACCCAGUGCAAUAAAACCUUCAUUGAUAAGAGUUAUGUAAGACAGCAUGUGAAAAUAGCGCAUAAAAAUACAGAAAAUACGAUAUAAAAAAAUGUUUUAUUUACCUCUAUCUAUUUUUUAUUAGUCUAUGGUAGUAGUUCAAAUAUCAC